AUGUUCCGUUUUCUCAUUGGACUGUCGUGCGUGGUCCUUAUCUCCGGACUGUUCAACCCCCUUCUUCCGUCAAUCGGAGAUUAUAUGCUCACCGAGUCUCAAAUUAAAACAUACUUCUCCACUGGAAACAAGGACCUAGCAUUGGGAACUUGCAAUAGUGUUCCAUUUGCCUCUGCUCAGGCUGGAUUUGCCAGUGCUGUUGGUCUUCCAUCAACCACCACUUGGCGCAAUGCCGACGUUUUGACUAACGCUACCAUCUCAAUGAUCGAUCAAGGAAUCGAUCAGUUGGCUUCUGUGUGCGCUGCCCGUCAAUUGUUCGUCCAGACUCUUGGCUUCACCUACGACACAUGCAUCGAUCGUUUCUAUUUGAUAUCUCUUGGAAAUACCAAUUGGUGGAACGUAAUGCAAUACACACAUCUCAUGAAACAUCUCGAAUUCAUUUGCAGUACUGGUUUUGAUGUCUAUCAAAGUAACAUCGACUGUAUUCGAAAGGGAGAAACCACCGACGGAAAUCAGUACCGCGCGUGUUUCUACAAAUUCAACGCCACCGUCAACGCGAAUCCAAACAAGUUCUGUGAUGCGACUGAAUCAUUCAUCGGAUGCAUUGGAGACUUCUUCACUCAGGAAUGUAAUCCAUAUGUCGGAUGGAUGCAGUGCGAGUUGGAGAGAAUCGGUUUCGCCUAUGAUUGCUAUGGAUUGAAAUGUUAA